AUGCUCCUGCGAUCAUUGGUGAUGAUUGGUCGCCUGCUGUUGCUCAUGCUGAUGUCGAUACUGCUGCAGUGUGAUGGCCGUGCAUUGAAGCGGAAUCCGGUGGGCAGCAGGACAAACGAUGGCUAUAGCUUCCUCUCACCGGCGUACCACGACCAGGCCAGCGAUGAGGACCUGUCGGCCUGUCAACAGCUACCACCACCGGUACUGACCGAGAUUCUAGGGCCGGCAUUUAAUCCCCGGUACAUGAGCAUCGAAGAACCACCGGCGACCGAUGGUGGAGUCCCCGGACCCGGCGACCAUCCCAAUCCGGCCGGCAAGCGUGACACGGAACCGUUUCCACCGUUCUACGUCGACGACAAAUACUCGCUGGAGCUGAGCAACAAACCGGCCUGGGAGGUGCAACACGUCUCGGAAUCGAUCGCCAGCACGGCCAGCCAACCGGGGCCAGCUCGCACCAGGCGCGAUCUCUUCAACGAUAUGCUGGACGAUAUGGGUCGCCGGAUUUCAGCGGAACAGCAGGAACCACACGACGGAUCAUCGGUGCGCAGUACCCGAUCGUUCGGUGGCAAAGGCCGAACGCGCAAGGCAGGCGGUUCCGGUGCCGGUGGUGGCAGCCCCCGGCCGUGGGAAUGCGAAGCCAAGAUCCGGUGGAUCGAUCUGGGGCACGAGUACUUUCCGCGCUUUCUCCGGACGGUCGAGUGUACGAGACAAAAGUGCUGGUACGGUCACUACACCUGUCAGCCUCGGUCGUUCACCGUGAAGAUCCUGCGCCGGAGGACGGGCGAGUGCGUGCAGAGCGAUCGAUUGCGGCACCGGAUCGGUGUCGAGGAUCUGCCGGGCGAGUUGCGCGAACUGUGGGUCUGGGAGGAACGGGCCGUCAACUUUUGCUGUGACUGUGCGCCGGCAUUCUGAUUCCGGCGGCCUUCCUGCGUCCCUUUCUU